GAGCAAGUAUUAAAAAACAGAGAGAGUACUCGACAAAGAUACACUAAAAUUUUAAAAUCCAAUUCCUUCCAUCAGAAGAAACAACUAGUUGAAAAAAAGAAAAACACUAAUCAACAUAACAUAGAUUGGUCCACGUAAGUUGACUAGAACAUAGACUUGGAAAUGGAAAAGUGUACAAAAUAAGACAGCAAAGGAAAUAAAGACUAGCAACAGGGAAAGAAACUAAGAAACAAGAGCUCAUCAAAAGUAGGCAGACAAGAGACAAAACCAGUAUUUUCUCUCAUUUGUUUUGUGUUAAAAGAUGGCAAUGAAUGGCAAAGAUGAAGUACAAAGUCCAGCAAUUGGAAUCGAUCUCGGAACGACUUACUCGUGUGUUGGAGUUUGGCAGCACGACCGUGUUGAGAUCAUCACCAACGAUCAAGGUAACAGAACGACACCGUCUUGGGUUGCCUUUACUCAAAAUGAGCGUCUUAUUGGUGGUGCUGCAAAAAAUCAAGUCGCUGUCAACCCCACCAACACUAUCUUUGAGGACAUAGACACUGGAAACAAAAACAAGAUCACCCUUACUAAUCAGAGUAAGUUAUCAAAGGAAGAGGUUGAUAGACUGUUGGAAGAGGCGGAAAAGUACAGGGCUGAGGAUGAAAAAUGUUUGAAGAAGGUGAAGGCUAAGAAUGAUUUGGAGAACUAUGCUAACAAAAUGUGGGAGAUAUUGAGAGAUUAUGUAGAGAAGAUUGAAAUCGAGGAUAAGGCGAUGAUAGAGAAUGCCAUUGAGAAGACAAUGCAGUGGCUAGAUUGGAAUUUCCAGCUUACUGAAGCUUCCAAGUUUGAAGAAAAGAUGAAUGAGCUUCAAGUCAUCUGUGAGCCCAUUAUUGCUGAAGCCUCUAAGCCUGAUGAUAAAACCGCUUACUCGCAUCUUCAAGUGAGUCCUAUAAGAACUCUAUUAAGAAAACAAUUUUGUGGAUGGACUGGAGUCUCUAAAAUUUUCAAGGUUUUUGGGUUUGGAAUAGAUGAUGUUGCUUAAGUGUGGUUGAAUGGCAUGAUGAAAGUUGGUUUUCAGAUUUCAAGAUGUUUCUGUGGUAAUAGCAUUGUGAAGGAAAAAUGAUACGCUUUUCCUGUAGAUUAACCUAAAUGUUCCCUGAUUUGCAAUGAUCCUGUUAUAAAAGCAGUGUAGUAACACUAGUAAGUAUUUUGUGUUUUCAAGUAUGUGUAUUGAAUGACUAAGUUUUCUGGGACAUCUAUGUUAUUAGUACACUAAUAUUUUGGCCUUCCAACUUCGAAAGGUAGGUUCCCUUCUAUAAAAAGGCGACACAUAAAGUAAAUGAUAUA